AUCUCUCAAAGCCUUUUCCAAUCCCCAAUUGCAAUUCAGUUGUGCAUCUGGGGGGGCUGCGCGCCGGCAUGCUCUGCAAUGUCGCUCACCAGAUCUCCAAUGUUGAGCGCCCGUGUCAAAUCAUGCACCGGUUGUCGCCAACAGAAGCUCAGGUGCGAUGCCUCGAAAGACUAUUCUCAGCCAUGUUCGAGAUGUGUGCGAAUGAAACUCAAUUGCGUGGUGUUGAAGUCAUUCAAGCGAACCAAGAAACAAACGAAAGCUCAAUUGCAGGCUGAGGUGGAUCAAUUGAAGCAGCAACUUGUAACAUCAGACGCCCUGGAGCCCAGCUCGGUAUCGUCGAGCACUGUUACAGGCAACGACAAUACUGUCCGGUACACCGUGAUGAACUGUCAAACUAACGGAAUGCCAUUCGAGGCCAGCAUCUCCCGUGUUGCCGCAAAUGACCCAGUAGCAUUUCCAGAGAAUAGUUUCGCGCCAGACACUAAUUGUCCGACAAGCGCUGGUGGACUUAGCAUGACAUCCUGCCAGGCUCUGGACGACUUUGAACUUGGGAGCAACCAGAUCGAUGACUGUUUUGCACUCUUCUCCUUGCAUUAUCUACCGAAAUUGUACAUUUUCGACUCUUUGAACGAUCCUAACACCUGCUACAUGCAAUCUCCGCUCCUUUUCUGGACCAUCGUCGCCAUCGGAGCAAGAAAGUACUCCAAAGACCCGACGAUCCUGAGCCUGCUCGGUCCUAAAGUCAUAGAGCUUGCUGCACACAGCCUGUUUUCCCAGACCGAAAAAUUGCCUACCAUCCAGGCGUACCUAAUACUCUGUGUCUGGCCGAUGCCGGUGGACACCAUGCACAAGGAUAUCUCCCCAGUACUAUCAGGGGCAAUGUUGAGCUUGGCGGUCAGUAUCGGGCUACACAUUCAGGGCAAUGGUCAGGAUUUCUCGAGAACAACUUUGGAGCACGAUGAAAACGAGUGCACGCACCGGGCGAAGUUGUGGGUGGCGUCCACAGUAGCUGCUCAGAGCACCGCAAUCUCGAACGGACUUCCACCACCUACAGUACUUGACACGUACGACCCGAAGCUUUUCCCGGAGCAGAGCCCAGGUACGGUGCCCUUUAGAUUACAGUUCAGGAAGAAAAUGAGCCAGAACCUUGCCUCCUGUAUCUUGGAACUGGGCCGCUGUGUACAAGGCAUUGAAGAGUCCGGAGGAGCUAGCUCUGUCAAGUCUAUGAUCGACAUCUUCAUGUGGCAAUUCCUGCAAAUGGAUCCUGAAUGUCCUGACCAAUUUAGUCGUUUCCACCUCCUCUGCGCCAGACUCCAGGUUCACAGCUUUCACUUCUUUGUUGGGCCAACAGAAAGGGACAAUGCCAGUUUGGCCAAGCUGUAUCUUCUCGCUUGUUCUGUCAUAGAAAUGGCACUAGGCUUGGAUGAGACCGAGGAUUUCAGCAGCUCCGCAACAGCGUACAACCAGAAAAUGCUAGUGCUGGCCUCGUUUGCCUUAUUGCGGAUCGCUAGAAGCCAUCUCGCUUCGCUGCUGGAUAUCGAGAGAGGUCGCCAGGCAUAUUUCGAUAACAUCUUACUUUUCCGGAAAAUAUCAGUUCAAGACAGCGAUCUGUCGUCCAGAACCACGGUCAUCUUAACUCAGCUUUGGACGAGCAAGAAUGCUUUCAAGAAGUCGGACGGUACUACUGAUAGUCUUCUUCUCCUUUGCCGCAGUAGGUUGAGUAUGAGCGUUGUUUUCGAUUGCUUCUGGCGGUGGCGAAGGGAGUUCGCCGGGCAACAAACUCCAUACAAGGAGACACAGAGUGACAUCGGUAGGUUUUGAUUACUUUUUGUUGACAAUGUAACUGAUAACAUCAACUUAGGAGCCAAUUCGAUCCAGCUUGC